UAUGUCUCUGACAACGGCAACAAGGAGCACUGGAUCGGAUCGAAUUGCCGGCCUGUGAAUGGGGACUGGGACCCAAACAGGAUCUGGCUCGACGGCCUCCCAUUGGUCUGACGGAUAGCUACACAGCCAAUUUGGCAAACUGCCGCAGCGUUUCAGCUUUUAUGCAGUUGGCUGCUGAGGUCAUCCCUGCUGUCAAGCUACACCUAGUACUACAAAGAUCUUUAGUUUUUGGGAGACCACUUGUGGCAACGGUUUCAGCGAUAUCAGCUUCACGAGAUCUAGUUUAGAACUUGGAAACCGCACAUCCACUGUCUUCUGGGCGUUCAACUGCCCGCAGUUGUACCAAACCAAUCGUUGAUACCCAGGGCUGGAGAUCUAGCAUCCGCAUCAUGGACUUUCAUUCGCUGCUUCGAAAGGCCAAGCAUGGCCUGGAAGAUCUCUUGACAGAUGAGACGCAUUCACACACUCACGACGACGCCCAGUGUCACGACCAAGACAUCCAUGCCGAAACCAGCGCUAACCGCUACGGCUCGUUCGCUCCCCGGUCGACCGGCCAUGCCAAGUGGUAUGUGGAUGGCGCUUCUUAUUUCUGGGCCGUCUCUAUGGCCCUGGAAGAGGCACGCGAGUCCAUUUAUAUCUUGGAUUGGUGGUUGAGCCCAGAGUUAUACCUUCGCCGGCCCCCUGCCCGCAAUGAGCGGUACCGCCUCGAUAACUUGCUCAAGGCUGCUGCCGAGCGUGGGGUUCGCGUCAACGUGAUUGUAUACAAGGAAGUUGAGGCGGCUCUGACCUUGAACUCUCAACACACCAAACACGCUUUGGAGGCCUUGCAUCCAAAUAUCAAGGUCUUCAGACACCCUGACCACCGCCCAAGCGGCGUUAGCCUCGUAUCAGGCCUCCAGGAUCUCCACUCCGGUCUAAUGAACUUCAGCCUGAAGACGUUCGACCUUGCCAGGGCUUCUGAAGAUGCCCUCAAGAACCUGUAUGGCACAGCCGAUGACAUCGUCUUGUACUGGGCUCACCACGAGAAACUGUGCCUCAUCGACGGCAAUGUGGCCUUCAUGGGCGGCCUGGAUAUGUGCUUUGGAAGAUGGGAUACGAACAGCCACCCCAUUGCCGACGCCCAUCCCGGCAAUAUGGACGACAUUAUCUUCCCUGGUCAGGACUACAACAAUGCGAGAGUCUACGAUUUUGAGGAUGUCGACAAGUGGGAGAACAAUAAGCUCGACCGCACCAAGAGCUCGCGCAUGGGAUGGUCAGAUAUCGCAAUCAGUCUCUCUGGGCCUGUCGUCAACAACUUGGCGGAGCAUUUUGUUCAGAGAUGGAAUUUCAUCUUCAACAAGAAAUACAACGCCCAAAACCCUGGCAAGUAUCAGCUGCUCGAGGCACCACCGGCUCAUUAUCAGCAUGCUCCGCAGCCUCUGUUGCAGGGGGGCGGAGAAUUCUUUGAGGGACUACACGACCGCUUCUCGCGGCACAUGCACGGCUUCUUCGGUGGCGAGGAAGGAGGGUCGCAUCGUCAGACGGCUGCUGCACACAUCCAGCUCACUCGGAGUUGCUGUCAAUGGUCACUGGGCGUGAAGACGGAGCACUCGAUCGCUAAUGCCUACAUCGAGGCUAUCAAGAACGCUAAGCACUUCGUUUACAUUGAGAACCAGUUCUUCAUCACGGCCACCUCGGAUGAGCAGAGGCCCGUCACUAACAAGAUCGGUGCGGCAAUUGUCGACCGCAUCAUCCGGGCAUACCAGUAUGGCGAGGACUUCCAGGUCAUUGUCAUCAUGCCUGCCGUGCCUGCCUUUGCUGGGGAUCUCAAGUCGGACGGCGCGCUCGGCACGCGUGCUAUCAUGGAGUUCCAGUACAACAGCAUCAACCGUGGAGGACACAGCAUCAUCGAGACCCUGCGGAACGCGGGAAUCGAGGACCCCCACCGGUACAUCAACUUCUACAACCUGCGCAAUUACGACCGCAUCAACACAGGGGGUGCCAUGGGUCGCGCCGAGCACGAGAGCGGCGUUCGCUACGAGGACGCACGCCGCGAAUACGACGAGCGGUACCAAGGCAGCGACUACCACGGCCGCGGCGACAGCCAGUACCGCCGCUACCAGGAAGCUGCCAGCCGCCUCACCGACCCGACUUGGGACAGCGUGGCGGCAUGCUACAUGGACUCGGGCCCGGACCUGCGCACCAUCCCCUGGACGGGCCCCCUGGAGGCCGAGCUCGACGCCUUUGUUUCGGAGCAGCUCUACAUCCACAGCAAAGUCCUCAUCGCCGACGACCAGCUUGUCAUCUGUGGCUCGGCCAACCUCAACGACCGCUCCCAGCGCGGCGACCACGACAGCGAGAUCGCCGUCGUCAUCGAGGACCCCACCCCGGUCGACAGCUACAUGGGUGGGCGCCCGUACACGGCCUCGGCGUUUGCCACUUCGCUCCGACGCCAGCUUUACCGCAAACACCUCGGCCUGCUGGCUCACCAGCGCCCGGACGUGCCGGACCGCAACUGGACGCCCAUCACCCACGAUCCGGUCAACGACUACGACUGGGGCUCGCCGGCCGACAGACUCGUGCGGGACCCAAUGGACCAUCAGUUUAUCAGCCUCUGGCGCGACACGGCGCGGCGGAACACGGAAAUCUUCAGCCGCGCAUUCCACCCCGUGCCGGAUGACAAGGUACGCACGUGGGAGGACUACGACCAAUUCUUCUCGAAACACUUUGUCAUUCCGGGCGAGCCGGCUGAGCAGGCCCAGGAGGGGUACAAGCAGGGCAAGGUGGACUACGGGCACGUGGUCCGAGACGAAUUUCCCGGCGGCGUCGAGGAGGUCAAGGAAUGGCUGAGCGGCGUGCGGGGGAACCUAGUCGAGAUGCCGCUGCAGUUCUUGAUCGACGUGGAGGACCUGGCCAGGGACGGGUUGGCGCUGAACACGCUGACGGAUGAGUUGUAUACGUAGUUGAAUAGGCUGACGGAGAUGAGCUUGCUAUUUCCGGGAAAUGUUAUUGACGAUCCAUUGCCAUUAUCUUUUUUUUCUUUUUCCCAUCCGCCAAAAAA